AUGGCGGGCAGCGUCAAGCAAAGCAGUCCUGUGUGGCUAUAUUUCGAGAAACUAAGAAAAAAUGAAACAUUCGCUAAAUGUAAAUUAUGCCCGGGAGGUAAAAAGGUUGCAGCACGUUAUGGUAAUACCAGCAAUCUCACGCGACAUAUCGAAACUUCGCAUAAAACCGAAGCAGUACAGCUGAAAAAAGCUCUCGAAGAGAAGGCAUCGCUGAAGCGUAAAUUGAAGGAUGAAGCAGUCCCCAGCGAAUCCCCAGGAACAUCAAGUAAACAAACAAAAAUGGUGCCUUUCCUACAGGACAAAAAGUGGGGCUCUCAGGACAAGAGACAGAGAGAUUGUAAUAAAAAAUUAACUGAAAUGAUAUGUAUUGACCUUCAGCCUGUCAGCAUCGUAAAUGACCAGGGUUUUCGUGAAUUCAUUCAUUGCCUUCAGCCAGCUUACAAUAUCCCAAAUCGCAAGGUCAUAAGAGACUCAUUAAGUCCAAAGGCAUAUAUGGAGCAAUCGUCAGUGAUAAAAUCAAAACUGAAGGAUUGUGUGUCCUUGGGCAUUACUCUAGAUCAUUGGACCUCAGUAGCACAAGAUGCCUACAUGGCAGUGACCGCUCACUUCUUAUCAGAUAACUUCACCAUCAGUGACUACUGCUUAAAUGUUGCACAUAUGCCUGAAUCACACACAGCAGUGAACAUAUCUGAAGCUCUACUUUCCUGCCUCGACGUAUGGAUCCCAGAUUAUAACGAAAGGACAUUGAAGAUCUAUGUUGUGACAGAUAAUGCAUCAAAUGUGCAAGCAGCUAUGAGACAACUUCCAUCUUCUAAGUUCGUUCCUCUCAAUUGCUUUGCUCAUACAUUACAACUUGCUGUGAACGAUGCAGUCAAGAAAUUCUUCGGGCUUGAAAAAGUAAUUGCGAAGGCUAAAGUUAUCACUAAACAUUUUCAUGCAAGCGCAAAGGAUACACACAGCCUUGCUGAGAAGCAGAAAUCAUUGGGUGUGCCUGUGCAUCGUCUGAAGAGUGAAUGCCCAACAAGGUGGAAUUCAUUGUAUUAUUUACUGGAGAGACUAGUCGAGCAAAGAGAAUCAGUAACCGCUGUAUUAGCUACGAACGAUAAGAUAAAUGAUCUUAAAAAAUCUGAGUGGAAGAUCGCUGCAAGUUAUGUAAGUGCCCUGAAACCAUUUGAGGAUGCAACAAACAUGAUGUCUGCGUCUAGAUAUGCUACAAGCUCAAUGAUAAUCCCAGUCCUGCACGUUUUGAAUGAGCAGAUGAAAGACGUUGAAAUGAAUGACUUUGGAAAGCAGAUACAUGCCAACAUCAAUGCCAGAUGGCCUGAAUAUGAGAUGAAGCUUGAGUUUGCAAUACCCACAUACCUCGAUCCCAGGUUCAAGAAUUAUGGGUUCAAUGAUGACACAGCCAGAGACCGGACAGCAAAAGAAAUAGUGCAGCUGAUGUUAGACAAUGCUAAAAAUCCUCAAGUUAUCGAAACUCCGAGUGCAUGUGAAUCUGACAUCAAAAAGCAGUCUGCUAGUGCGACUGAGUCAUCAGAGACUGCUACGACGUCAAAGAAGACUGUGUGGGAAAUAUUCAAGAAAAUGGUAGAUAAGAAGAAGCAGACUGCUUCCGAGCACUCAACUGAUAAUCUACGGGAAAAGAUGGAACAUGAACUUCAGUUGUUUUGUAGUGAGGAACUUUUGGAACCUGAGAAAUCUCCAUUCGACUGGUGGAAAACAAACAAGACUAGGUACUCAAACCUUGCAAAGUUGGCACAGGUUUUUCUUUCGAUACCAGCCACCUCUGUUCCUAGCGAGCGCAUGUUCAGCAAAUCUGGUCUCAUCAUCUCCAAUCGAAGAUCCUGUCUUGAGCCAUUUUUUGCUGAGCAACUUACCUUUCUCGGACAUAACCUGCGACAGUGA